AUGACCACUCGGAUUGUGGUGUGGACAAGAGGCAAGGCUCCAAACGAUGAUCGAGAGCGUCGCAGUGCAGCAGUAGACUUUGCUGAGGAGUACCAUCAGGUGUCUGAGAUACCUGCCGGACUCUCGACGGUAUACGCGCUACCAGCCGAAGGAGCGCUUCACGGCUCAAUUCCUCACAGCCUCCCCUGGUCCACGUCUGUACAAGUCACGCACUGGAUCGGCUUAACCGUGGAAGACAUGGGGGGGGGGGGCGCUCGUGUCUGGACCGCGGCAACAUCACGAGAUAGACGAGGUCGAGGCUGGCGGUCUGGAGGUCCGUUCGUUCGCAGUCUCGGCGUGGGCCCCGAUGUGUUUGCAAACGCUGCCAAAUCCAACUCGUACCUUGUGCGUCAUUUCCGCAAAGCCCAGCCACAGACCACCGCGAAAGGGUGGCCCAGUGCGCCCAGCAAAAGGCAGCUCCUCUCCUCUUGGGCCUCCACCUCCUCCUCAUCCGCCACCCUGCGAUCGAACCCAUCUUUCGCCAACUUUCUCCAUUUUGUCCUCUCCUCUUCCACUCAAUCUGAUUCUUGUCCUUCGACAGAUAUCUACAAGUCACAAGCUGGUUCGGAGAGUAUCCCCCCCCUCACCGUCGCCAUGUCGAAACGCGACGUUCAAUUCCAGCCGCGAAUGGCCAAGAAGGGCCCUUUCACUGUAGAGGCCCCAGGGUAUGAGAAGGUCGAGGGCGAGACCAUCCCUCGCCGUCAUCCCAAUGCGAAGAACGGUCUGAUUCUGCGUCCGUCUGAGGACGUCGCGACAACCUAUGACAACAUCCGUCGGUCUGCUCGUCUCUUUGGCAACAACAAAGCUGUGGGUACCCGCAAGUUGAUCAAGACCCAUGUGGAGAACAAGAAGGUCAAGAAGAUGGUCGACGGCGUGGAAAAGGAGGUCGAUAAGCAGUGGACCUACUUUGAGAUGAGUGGCUACAGUUACAUGACCUUCCUCGAGUACGAGCAGCUGUGCCUGCAGCUCGGCUCGGGUCUGCGCAAGCUCGGCCUGGAGAAGGAUGGACGUCUGCACCUGUACGGUGCCACCAGCGCACACUGGCUGGCCAUGUCACACGGUGCCGCGUCGCAAUCCAUCACCAUUGUCACCGCUUACGACACACUGGGUGAGGAGGGUCUCAAGCACUCUCUCAUUCAAACCUCCUCGACUGCCAUUUUCCUGGACCCCGGCCUGAUCAAGUCUCUCACCCAUGUGUUGGGGGAUGUUUCCUCCAUCACGCAUGUCAUCUACAACACCGACAACGAGGCCAAACCGGAGGACCUGGAGAAACUGAAGACUGAUUUCCCCCACAUCAAUGUCCUCAGCUUCGAGGAUCUGCGCAAGUUGGGCCAGGAGAACCCCGUGGAUCCAGUGCCGCCCAAACCAGAGGACCUGUGCUGUAUCAUGUACACCUCAGGCUCAACCGGCCCACCCAAGGGUGUCCCCCUGACCCAGGCGAAUGUGAUUGCAGCCACGGCCGGUGUGAACGAGAUCGUAGGCCCUUACAUUGGCCCCAACGACUCGCUGCUCACCUACUUGCCACAGGCGCACAUCCUGGAGUUCAUGUUCGAGAACCUUUGCCUGUUCUGGGGUGGCUGUAUGGGAUACGGCAACCCUCGCACCCUGUCAGACACCUCCAUGCGCAACUGCAAGGGUGACAUUCGCGAAUUCAAGCCCACCAUCCUCGUCGGUGUUCCGGCGGUGUGGGAGUCGGUCAAGAAGGGUGUGUUGGGCAACCUGAACAAGACCAGCUUCAUCGUCAAGGGCAUGUUCUGGGGUGCCAUGGCGGCCAAGAACUUCUUGCUGACCAACGGGUUCCCCGGUGCCGGGGUCGGUGCCUCGAUUCUCGAUGCCAUCGUUUUCAAGAAGCUCAAGGAGGCCACCGGGGGUCACCUCCGCAUCAUGAUGAACGGCGGUGGUCCCGUCUCCAAGGACACUCAGCGAUUCCUGUCCAUGGCCAUUGCCCCCAUGAUCAGUGGAUACGGUCUGACCGAGACCUCCGCCAUGGGUGCCCUGAACGACCCCUUGGCCUGGAACCCGAAUGCGCUGGGAGAAAUCCCCGCCUCGGUGGAGGUCAAGCUGGUGGACUUCCCCGAUGCGGGCUACCUCACCACGAACAAUCCCCCCCAGGGUGAGAUCUUCAUCCGUGGUGGCAGUGUGACCUCGGGCUACUUUGAGAACGAAGAAGAGACCAAGGGCGCAUUGACCGAGGACGGCUGGUUCAUGACCGGCGACAUUGGCGAGUUUGACGUCAACGGCCAUCUGCGCAUUGUGGACCGCAAGAAGAACUUGGUCAAGACCCUGAACGGAGAGUACAUUGCUCUGGAGAAGCUGGAGUCCAUCUACCGGUCCUCACCCGUGGUGGCCAAUAUCUGUGUCUAUGCCGCGGAGGAUCAGGAUAAGCCCGUCGCCAUCAUUGUCCCCGUUGAGGCGGCCCUCAAAAAGAUCGCCAGCGACAAUAACAUCGAGGGCGACACCCUGGAGACUCUGGUACACAACGAGAAGAUCAAGCGUCUGGUGUUGGAGCAAUUGCAGAGUGCCGGACGGGCCGGUGGCCUCCGGGGGAUCGAAAUCAUCAGUGGAGUUGUCCUGUCCGACGAGGAGUGGACCCCUCAAAAUGGCUACAUGACUGCCGCGCAGAAACUGCAACGAAAGAAGAUCACCAACCAGUACCAGGCUGAUAUCAACAAGGCCUACGGCAAGAAGUAA